AUGGACAUGGAGGCUCAUCUGGAGUGUGCCUACGACCACCUGGAGAUCUACGAUGGAAAGGAUGGCCGGGCCCCCAGUCUGGGACGCUUCUGUGGCAUCAAGAAACCCUCACCAGUCAUCUCCAGUGGCAACGAGAUGUUCCUGCGCUUCUUCUCUGACAACUCAGUCCAGAAGAGAGGCUUUGAGGCUUCACACAGUGCAGGUGGGCGACACAUACACUGGCAUUAGCACUAGCAUUUUGUGAUACCAGAAAGAAAAGGAUUGAAAUGGAUAAUUCUCAUUGGUGCAUACAGGGAGAUGGGCGAACUGCUAACAUGUUGUUUUGAUUUCAGAGAAAUUAGAAUAAUCAACUAAUAUUGAUUGUAUAAUACAUUAUUCAACCUUUUUCAUGUAGGCCUGGUCAAUCCACUGCCAUAACCUAUUUAAGAUAUGAAUAAUAAUAAAUCAUCCUUAAACCCCAGCAGACCAGUGGUAGUCAUUCAUCUUACCAAGACCUUUGAUCCAGGUAGGGCUCAUUUUGUCUCUCAGAUCAAUCAAAAAGACUUGCGUUUUCCCAAAAGACAACUCUAAUUACUGGUAGGUUGAAAAGGAUGUGCCAAAAGGAUUUGAUCCUGGGACCAUUGUUAACCUCCAUCGUUGAUGAUCAGCGCUCUGUGUCUACUGAUGCAAAUGUCUUCUUGUAUGCUGAUGUCAAUGUCUCUGGUUUUUGACUCUCAUCUUGUCUUGGUAUUACAUUAUCCCUAACAUACAAUACAUUAUGUUUGUAAUGUGUGAUUCAGCAUGCAGCGUGACAACAUCUAUUGUUUUGUCAGGUCCCCUGAAUAAUGAGAUGAUUCAUCUGAAGGAAUUCAUCCUAAAUGAGUUAAAUAUGAAUUCAUUAGUAUGAUUGGUGGUGACAAUGGCCAUGUUGCCAUCUGGGUUUGUGAUUUGUGGUCUCUUUCAACUAAGAAAACAAAGGGACAAUAGGUCAGCCUUUUCAGAUGCACAAUCCCACAUGGAAUGUAGAGGAAAAACACUGCCUCUCAGAUAAUUAUUUGUUGAUAAAUUGCACAUUCCAUAUCUCAAUGAGUUCCUUCUCUGAGGCUCUGUCCCUAAUUUUGUGGCUGUGCGUUCUCAGAGUGUGGCGGAAGCCUGAAAGCUGAGGUCAAGACCAAAGAUCUUUACUCCCACGCCCAGUUUGGGGAUAACAACUACCCAGGGGCGUCUGACUGCCAGUGGGUGGUCUCCGCUGAAAAGGGCUACGGAGUAGAGCUCAUCUUCCAAACCUUUGAGAUUGAGGAAGAGGCAGACUGUGGCUACGACUACAUGGAACUAUUUGACGGUGCUGAUGUUAAGGCCCCAAGGCUUGGCCGCUACUGUGGAUCUGGGGUAAGGACGAACAAAGGUUUCAGUACACCUACUAGACUGUACAUACAGCUACUGUACAUAGAUAGUGUUACUGUAUGUAGCACUUCACAAAAUGCCAGGGGUGUUUGCGUACUUACCCAUUUUAGAGGUGUAAGUCUCUCUCUUUCUCUUUCUCUUUCUCUUUCUCUUUCUCUUUUUUAUUGAUCUUCCAGCCCCCUGAGGAAAUCUACUCUGCUGGGGAUGCCAUCGUUAUAAAGUUCCAUUCUGAUGACACCAUCAAUAAGAAGGGCUUCCAUGUACGGUACACGAGCACAAAGUUCCAAGACACAUUGCACACAAGCAAGUGA